CUGAAAUUAAAAAUCAGAAAUAGUUGUACAAAAUAACACAGAUAACAUAACAUCUUAGAUCAGUUGGGAUAUUAUGAGAGUGGAAAAAGUGAGCCCACACUCAUUCUCUAAAGGUCACUCUAUUUAUUCUGUACUUUUUGCUCUCUUCUUAUUAUUAAUACCUCCUUGGCCAAGUGUCAGGCUUUAUAACAAAGUGAUCUAAUCAUUCAAGAUUGGUGGUACGUUGGUCAACAGGUUUUGUGUUCUAGUUUUCAACUUUGACUGAAGGAUUUAUUAAGUUUUUCUCACAUAAUUUCCAUCUUCGUUGCGAGUUUAUUUAUGAAAUUCAGAAUUUAACUGUUAAAAUAAAGAAUGGAAGUCCCCGAAACUAAAUAUGUGCCUUCAAAGAAUAAAAAAAUUGAUAUAGAAUCCUUGCAGAGCAAAACUCAGGAAGAAUUAAUAGAAAUUAUUCGGCAAUUACAAGCUCACAAUGAACAAUUAAAAGCUAUCAUUUCAAAGAAUUGCGGAGUAGAAAAACAUGAUCAUGAUCAUAGGAAGAACAAUGAUUUUGAUUUCUCCAGAUGCAAGUGGUCGCAUAUUCUUUUAAAGCUUGUUUAUUUUGGUUGGGAUUAUCAAGGAUAUGUUUGUCAAGAUGAUACAUUAGAUACAAUAGAACAUCACUUAAUUCAAGCUUUGCUGAAGUGUCGCUUGAUUAAAUCCAGGGAAACUAGCAAUUAUCAUCGAUGUGGCCGUACUGAUAAAGGAGUCAGUUCUUUCAGUCAGGUGAUUUCUAUAACAGUUCGAGCUUCUGAUGAAGAAAAAAACCCUUUAGAUUAUUGUAAAAUGUUAAAUAGGUUAUUGCCUGACGAUAUUAAAGUAAUAUGUUGGCAACCAGUUGCGGAAGAAUUCAGUGCACGCUUUAAUUGUAAUAACAGAACUUACAGAUAUUUCUUCCCAAAAGGAGAUUUGGAUAUAGAGGCUAUGCAAGAGGGAACAGGGUACCUUUUAGGGACACACGAUUUUAGAAAUCUUUGUAAAAUGGAUGUUGGUAAUGGUGUCACCAAUUUUAUUAGAACAAUAGAUCAUGCCGCUGUAUCAAAAUUAGAGGAUUUUCAUUAUCAAGGUACUGGGUAUGACAUGUAUUUUUUUGAAUUGAAAUCACAAGCUUUUUUGUGGCAUCAAGUUCGCUGCAUUGUCGCUGUUCUUUUGUUAAUCGGAAGGAAACUAGAGAAACCAUGUGUAUUUAAUGACCUGUUAGACAUCACAAAAAACCCAAGAAAACCUCAAUAUCCUAUGGCUCAUCCAAUUGGACUAAAUUUAUUCCUGACUGAAUUCGAAUGUGGGAAUUGGAUUUUGGAUGAAGCAGAAAUCAGUCGUGUAAUAGAAACUUUACAAAAACAUUGGACUAUGAAUACCAUAAAAGUGACUCACAUUAAAUCAUCAAUAUUGGAAUUAUCAAAAGUAGUUUCUAAAGAAAUAAAUGCUCAAGAUUCAGUGCUACUGAGGCAGGAGUCUAAAAUUUAUAAACCACUUCUUACAAGAAAUAAAUGUAGUACAUUAGAAGAAAAGAUCUGCCACUUUGUAAAAAGAAGACGUAUCAAAGAAAAUGUGGAAUGAUUCUUAUUGUUUGAAUCAUUAUAUUAUUGUUAAAAAGAA